GCCAAGUCCAGCAACGGCGAGCUCAUCGCCAUGUCGUUCUCCCGUCCCUAUCUUCUCACCGCGACAAGAGCCGUGCUGGUCUCGCUCUACACAUUCGACGUGCCAGAUAAGCAAGGAGAGGAAGCAGUGGAGGGCAGCGCGGGGGAGAAUCAUCAAGACACCUCAAAAAGAGAUGGACCGUCGUUACCAGCACCAUACCUCGUGACAUCCCUCAAGUCACACAACUCAAACCCCCCACUAGCGCUCUCCAUCAGGAAAACGGCCAACGCCACCAUCGCAUCCAUUGCAUACACCUUUUUCACCCGCCGUGGCUGGUCUAUCGGCAUACAAGACCUGCACAUUACCCUCGCGGCCAAACCGAGAUCCGCACCCGACAUCAGCACGCGCCUUGCAUAUACAGCACCCUUUAUUCACGACAGGCCUGCACAGUCUAACCUCCUACCAAUACUGCCAUCAAUAUCGCCAUUAACGAACCACACAGUUCCUGCCCUUGCCCAUGCCCGUCGUCGGGCUUUGCAGGCUCCUCCACAAACGCACCCUCAGACAGCAGCCGGCCCGACCACACUGUGUUACACCCACCCAUACCUCCUCGCCACCCUUCCCGACAACACCCUCAUCCUGCACCUGUGCACCUCCAACGCCUCAGCGCUCUCCAUCUCCCCCGGCAUACGGCUGUGGGGGCACACGUCCGGCAUCAGUGAUGCAGAAAUCACGGCGCGCGGUAAGGCCGUCAGCGUGAGCUCGCGCGGGGACGAGAUGCGUGUGUGGGAGCUCGAGGGCCGGCCAAGCGGGGUAAGGAGCCGGAGCGUGCAGAUCCGGCCUUCUGCUGCAGGAGACACGAAGAGGGGGCCUGAAGCAGCAGUGGCUAAGGAGGGAAAGGAGAUUCAGGGUCUGGACUGGGAGGAGAGGAGGAACUGGGUGGGGUUUGAUGAUGAGAUGGUCAUUGUGCUAAAGGAGGCAAAGGGUGGGAGGGAGAGCCUGCUGGUGUACGACUUCACAUAGAGGCUUGAGCGAGUCGACCACUGAAUAUAUCUAUAUGUUUGGAGACAUUUCUGCGCACGUGAAACUAAUUACAUGGUCAAGUCUUAUAUUUUCUUGGGUUAAUUAGUGACCCCUGUCAAGGAAUCCAGAGCAUUUG